CGGUGUUUAGGGCGAGACUGCGCCCUUCCUUCCUCCUGGCCGCCCGGCCGCCUUCUCCCCUUCCCCUCCGGGCGUCCCCUCCUUCCUUCCCCGCGGCCCGGCUCCGCGGGCUAAUAUGGUCUCCAGCGAUGGACGCCCCCAGUGCAGGAUACACCUUUGAGUACCUUAUUGAAACGUUAAAUGACAGUUCACGCAAGAAGUUCUUCAAUGUACCUAAACUUGGAGGCGCCAAGUAUGAUGUCCUGCCUUACUCCGUACGGGUCCUGUUGGAGGCUGCGGUGAGGAACUGUGAUGGCUUUUUGCUGAAAAGGGAAGACGUCCUGAACAUCCUGGACUGGAGAGCCAAGCAGAGCAAUGUGGAAGUGCCCUUCUUCCCCGCCCGCGUCCUCCUCCAGGACUUCACGGGGAUCCCGGCCAUGGUGGACCUCGCCGCGAUGCGGGAGGCGGUGAAGACGCUGGGAGGGGACCCUAAGAAAGUCCACCCCGCCUGCCCCACAGACCUCACGGUCGACCACUCUCUACAGAUCGACUUCAGCAAAUGUGCGAUACAGAACGCGCCCAACCCUGGAGGCGGGGACCUGCCGAAAGCCGCCAAGCUCUCGCCACUCAAAGCGCCGCCCAGGAGGCUGCCCUGCCGAGGCCCAGCCGCCUGCCGGGGGCCCUGCGAUCCGGGGGAGCCGAGCCUGGGCCGCGGCGCCGGGAGCCCGUCCACGCAGAUCGAGAACACCCCCCUGCUGUGCCCUUUCCACCUGCAGCCAGUGCCUGAACCUGAAACAGUGUUAAAAAAUCAAGAAGUGGAAUUCGGCAGAAAUCGAGAGAGGCUUCAAUUUUUCAAGUGGUGUUCGAGAGUGUUCCGGAACGUGGCUCUGAUCCCGCCCGGCACGGGCAUGGCCCACCAAGUGAGCCUGGAGUCCUUGUCCCGGGUGGUCUUCGAGGAGGGGGCCCUCCUCUUCCCCGACAGCGUGGUGGGCACGGACUCCCACAUCACCAUGGUGAACGGCCUGGGCAUCCUGGGCUGGGGGGUCGGAGGCAUCGAGACGGAAGCCGUGAUGCUGGGGCUGCCCGUGUCCCUCACGCUGCCCGAGGUGGUGGGGUGUGAGCUGACCGGCUCCUCCAACCCUUUCGUCACGUCCAUAGACGUUGUUCUUGGCAUCACAAAGCACCUCAGGCAAGCAGGAGUGGCCGGCAAGUUCGUGGAGUUUUUUGGAAGCGGAGUCUCACAGUUAUCAAUAGUGGAUCGGACGACAAUAGCAAACAUGUGUCCAGAAUAUGGUGCUACCCUCAGCUUCUUCCCUGUUGACAAUGUGACCUUAAAACACUUAGAACAUACAGGUUUUGACAAAGCCAAACUCAAGUCAAUGGAGACCUACCUGAAAGCUGUGAAGUUGUUCCGGAGUGACCAGGGUGAUGCGGGGGAGCCGGAGUACUCGCAGGUGAUCCGGAUCAACCUGAGCUCCAUAGUGGCAACUGUCAGUGGUCCCAAGAGGCCGCAGGACAGAGUGGCUGUGACGGAGAUGAAGAGUGACUUCCGCGCGUGCCUGAGCGAGAAGGUUGGAUGCAGAGGCUUCCAGAUUGCGGCCGAGAAGCAGAGCGACGCCGUCUCCCUUCACUACGAAGGAAGCGACUACCGCUUGUCGCACGGGGCCGUGGUCGUCGCCGCCGUCACCAGCUGCACCAACAACUGCAACCCGUCCGUCAUGCUCGCGGCCGGUCUCCUGGCGAAGAAGGCGGUGGAGGCGGGUCUGCGGGUACAGCCGUACAUCCGCACCAGCCUGGCGCCCGGCAGCGGGAUGGUCACGCAUUACCUCAGCUCCAGCGGCGUGCUGCCCUACCUGCGCACGCUCGGGUUUGAAGUCGUCGGCUAUGGCUGCUCGACGUGCGUGGGGAACACAGGGCCCCUGUCAGACGCCGUUCUGAGCGCAGUGAAACAGGGUGACCUGGUUACCUGUGGAGUUCUGUCUGGAAACAAAAAUUUUGAGGGCCGUCUUUGUGACUGUGUCCGAGCCACUUACCUUGCCUCUCCGCCCCUGGUGGUCGCGUACGCCAUCGCCGGCACCGUGAACAUAGACUUCCAGACAGAGCCCCUCGGCACUGACCCCGCCGGCAAGGACAUCUACCUGCAGGACAUCUGGCCGAGCCGAGAGGAGGUCCAGCAGGUGGAGGAGGAGCAGGUCCUGUGCUCCGUGUUCAAGGCGCUGAAGGAGAAGAUGGAGGUCAGAGCCCCUGGUGACUUUAAUGUGGACGCACCAGACUCCGUCCUGUUUCCGUGGGACUCCAAGUCCACGUACAUCAGGUGUCCCUCGUUUUUCGACAAGCUGACCAAAGAGCCGGCCGCCCCGCAGCCCAUCGAGCACGCGCACGUCCUGCUGCACCUGGGGGACGCCGUCACCACCGACCACAUCUCCCCCGCGGGGAGCAUCUCCCGCAGCAGUGCCGCCGCCAAGUACCUGACGAACAGAGGCCUUACCCCUCGGGAAUUCAACUCCUACGGAGCCCGGAGAGGCAACGAUGCUGUGAUGACAAGAGGCACUUUUGCAAACAUCAAGCUUUUGAAUAAGUUUAUUGGAAAACCGGCUCCCAAAACCAUUCAUUUCCCGUCGGGACAGACGCUGGAUGUGUUUGAGGCCGCAGAGCUGUACCAGAAGGAAGGCAUCCCACUCAUCAUCUUGGCGGGAAAGAAGUACGGCUCCGGGAGCUCCAGGGACUGGGCGGCCAAGGGGCCGUAUCUGCUGGGCGUGCGAGCUGUGCUGGCGGAAAGUUACGAGAAAAUCCACAAGGACCACCUGAUCGGCAUCGGCAUCGCCCCCCUGCAGUUCCUCCCCGGGGAGAACGCCGAGACCCUGGGCCUGACCGGCCGGGAGACCUUCUCCCUGGCCUUUCCUGAAGAGCUGUCCCCCGGCGUCACGCUCACCAUGAAGACAAGCACUGGAAAAGCAUUUCGCGUGAUCGCUUCGUUUGAAAACGACGUGGAAAUCACCUUGUACAAACACGGAGGAUUGUUAAACUUUGUGGCACGAAAAUUCUCAUAGUACCCACUCCCCGUGGACCCCUUUCCAAACUGGUCACUGCGAGCCACGCCCCUGGUGCCGGACCGGGACCCGCCGUGGCGCUGCAGACCCGACGCUCCCUGUCUCACCGCGGGGGAGGUGGGCUCCAAUCACGUAGCGGCAGAACGAAACCUUCCUGAUUUUAAUACGAUACGAAUGGUGCUAUUAACAUUGCUGUCAGCGUGAAGCGUGUGGUGGACGAGCGGUGAGUGUGAGGCCUGUCACCGGUUGUAAAUAAAGGCGGGACCUGGCUGGUGCUGGAGAUGGUCCUGUGCGGCGCUUCCUGAGUGGGCUGUGCAGUUUGCAUCGUUAGGACUGCGCGCGCUGCUGCUGGUGUGAGGGCAGGAGAGCGACACGUCAGACGCCCGAUGACACUCGGGUGGGAGCUGGGAUCUGACGGACUCCAGGUGGACGAGUCCUCCUCGGCCUCACGCCGCCUGCAAGGGGAGGACCUGCCCGCACGGCCCCUGUCCAGCUCCGCACGGCCCUCCCCCGCGAGGCUGGACGGGACGGGACACACUGAGCGCGGCCUCGCCACGUGACAGCGACGAGGGGUCGUGUGCAGCCCUGACGUCAGGCACUCGCGGCCGAGCCUCUGGGAGGACGGGGCGGCCCGUCUGAGGGGGGUGAGGGGUUUGCUCACCUGACGUGGUGCUGUCACCCCCCCCUCCCCCCCGGGCACCUGCUGGUGAGGGGCCGCCAACCAGAAUGUGGGUGCUCAGCCCGAGGCAUUGUCAGUGUUGGCUGUUUCUGAAUGACUUUGGUUGAUUUCCUGUCAUUUGAAUCCGUGUUUUACUUGGUUUGGAUGAUCUGUGGGUGGUGUCACUGUUUCUGUUGUAACCAAAGCUGACCCUCAGGCCAGAACACUGAGUUCUCUCCGGAUGCGUCUGCUCCCUGCUCCCACCUCGAGUGCUGUCUCCAAGAAGCGGGGCAGCUUUUAAGAAAAAGUUUGGAUAAUGAAUUUCAGAAAGUCCUACUCCCCUUUUUAAAUCAAGAAAUUAACUUACAUGGCAAAUUCUCUCACAUACGGUCUUCAGUGACCUGAUUCGGUUGCUGCACUUGAGCGUCAGUUCACACGGCACAGAAAAGGGUUCCUGACUCUCAGAUGGGUGAAGACCACGGAGGCCUUUGCACACAGUCAGGCCGUCUCUUCACCGUCCUGCAGACACGCGCUCAGACAGUUAGACGGGCUGGAGCUUGACAAUUCCCUUUAUUUAAAAAUGUUACCUGGUACUUGCAGAUCCAAUGGUGUUCUUGAUUAUUUUAUUCUGUGUAUUUGUCCAUGCAUGUGUGUUCCUAAUUUACAUGAAAAUAUGAGUUAGGGAUGGAGAAAUUCCCAGUUGAAUGUUGAAAUGCCUGUGAUAGGAUUUGAAGAAAUGGUAAUUCCGGAUUGGGCUGGGGCGGGCGUCAGUAUCAGCUUUAAGGGUGUUAUAAUGUAUCGCCUGUGGCAGAGGCCUGGGUGUUGGCAUAAACAUCUGGCCCAGGAGAUGAAGACCAUAAAGCAAGCUAGGAAUUCGGCACUGAAAUUCCCAUCUGCCUCGCCGAGUAAUAGUACAAGCAAACCUCGUCUUUCAGGAACAGAAUCGAGGGCCUCUUAAUCUCUCGCUUCUAUACAAUGAACCAAAAAGCUGGAUGAGCGUGGUUAUCGGUCGGGGAGGAAACCGCUGUAUGUCCCAGUGUGUCCCUUACAACUGCCUCCAGCCAAACACUGUUUGCAGAAACGCGGCCUCUGCUGGUUUUUGUUUGACUUCCUCCUUUGUUAACUCUGUCUGGGCAAUGACGUGUUAAAAAAAUAUUGUGGAAAGGACACAUGGUUACAUAAGAGAAGGAAGUGAGUGCUGUAGUUAAAGCACAUGAUGCUGCACAGCGUUGCCAUAUUCCAUGCCUUUGGGUUGUGUUACUCCUGUAAAGUGAAUCAGUGAGAAUGGCAUCCAGCCACUGCGCUGCCAUGGUUACGCCGAAGGUUCCCAGGCCGACGGCUGUCACAUUUCCUGUUUUGUCUCCAGAUGUCCAGGUGGCACCUGAGGGAAGUGUCAGGACCCCUGUAGUGGUGGUCACACUCCAGUGGCUCUGAAGGGGAAAGUACAGCUCGGGCCUGGUCAGGGCCGUGGCCAUUGCCUCCACGGUCACCGUGUGCGUCGCCUGCGCGGGGAGGAAUGAGCUGACUGGCGUUUUUCUGCGGUUGAAUUAAGAGGCACCUUUCUCCUGCCUUUGGGUUGAGGAGACGGUACUAAGAUGCUGGGUGCUGGGGGAACGCAGAGGGAGGGGGGGGUGGACUUGGGCUUCCUCGGGGGCCUCCUCCUAGAGUGUGACAGUGCCGAUGUCCCAUCAGUUCACACGCACCUGACCGUGAACACAUUAUCUCCUUCAGCAACUACCAAUUGUCAAUCACUUAAGCCAACAACACAGUGUAGCAGUUGUAAGUUCAAUGAUGUUAAGUAUUGUAUAGAAAUAUAUUGGAGGCAAAGUUCAGUUGAUGACAAUUGUGUAUAUGUUAUUGAUGCUGUAAAUUAUUUUUAAUAAAGAAAAUUGUAUUAUCACCUGU